CGCUCUCCGGAGGACGAAGCUCUUCCCACCGGCCGCCUCCCCGCCGGCACCAUGUCUCGGGACCCCGAGGAGGUGAACAAGCUGACGGAGAGCACUUACAAAAAUGUUAUGGAACAGUUCAAUCCAGGACUGAGGAAUUUAAUAAAUCUGGGGAAGAAUUAUGAAAAAGCUGUUAAUGCUAUGGUAGUGGCUGGAAGAGCAUAUUAUGAUAGUCUUGCAAAGAUUGGGGAUAUAUCAGCUGAUUCUCCCGUUUCUAAAGAACUAGGCCAAGUUCUGGUAGAAAUUUCAAGAACGCACAAGAAACUUAAUGACAGUCUAGAGGAGAGUUUCAAAAAAUUUCAUAAAGAAAUUAUAUCUGAACUGGAGAAGAAAACUGACCUGGAUGUAAAAUAUAUGAAUGCAACUUUAAAGAGGUACCAAACUGAACACAGAAGCAAAUUAGAUUCUUUAGAGAAGUCUCAGGCUGAGCUGAAAAAAAUCAGAAGGAAAAGCCAAGGAGCACGAAAUGUCAUGAAAUAUGAGCAUAAAGAAAUGGAGUAUUUGGAAACCGUGAGCUCUCGACAGAGUGAUAUUCAGAGAUUUAUUGCAGAAGGCUGCAGAGAAGCUCUCCUAGAAGAAAAAAGAAGAUUCUGUUUUCUGGUUGACAAGCACUGCAGCUUUACCCAGCACAUACACUUCUAUCACAUUCAGUGUGCGGACUUCCUAAAAUCCAAGCUGCCUGGGUGGCAGGAAAUCUGUAGUGAUGCCACCAAAGUGCCUGAAAAAGUCAGAAUGAUGAUAGACGAAAUAAGGACACCUGGUUCCACACCAAUAUCAGGAACUCCACAGCCUUCACCAAUGAUAGAGAGAAAUACCAUGAUUGGAAGUGAUUUUUACUCUCAUCAUGAAAAUGCAUCAAAGGUGCCCCCUGCUCCUACAGGUAGGGCGUACACUAGUCCACUAGUUGAUAUGUUUAACAAUCCUGCAACGGUUCCGAAGACAUCUUCUGAAAAACUAAGUAAUUCAGCAGAGAAUUCAGAUGAUGCCAGUUUAUCGCGUUCAACUUCUGUUGCCACAGGGCUAAAUAUAAUGAAAAGGCAAAAAGUAAAGACGAUCUUCCCACAUACUGCUGGAAGUAACAAAACGUUGCUUAGCUUUGCACAGGGGGAUAUCAUCACACUUCUUGUAGCUGAAGAAAAGGAUGGUUGGCUUUAUGGGGAACAUGACACAACUAAAGUAAAAGGAUGGUUUCCAUCAUCGUAUACUAGACCACUAGAAGAACCAGCAGAAGAAAAAGCCUUUGUCCCAGUGCCAAGCCCUGCACCAAUCCGAAGUAUUAGUUCUGUAAAUCUUGUGGAAAAAGGUGAUGUUGUCCUCCCACCGCCAGACUAUCUGGGGUCUUUGCAAACAGAUAAAAGAAUGGAGUCUUCCAAAGGUACUACUGUUAAAACGCCAACUGACAGAUCAGAAAAUGCAGGUCCGAAACCUGAUAUGAAUGGCAUUAUAAAACCACCUUUUCUAAGUGGAGAAAAUCCUUUUGCAACUGUGAAACUCAGACCAACAGUAACAAAUGACAGAUCAGCACCAAUUAUUCGAUGA